CACAUGGUGAAGUUGCACAUCGGCUUCAUACCCGUUCUCAAGUUCCAACACAUCGCUUUACGCGAAGCAGCUUGAUUUCGAAAACCUUGUCCACUGGCGGUAUUACUCCUACAAGAGAUGGAGGCUACUCAGCAGAAAAUCCUCUUUGUUGGGGACAACACAGAUUCCUGGAUUGAAGGGAUCGACCAGCUUUACAGACAAGCUGUAUCGAUGCCAUGGCUCCAAACCUUCCUGGAAGACAUAUUUCAGGCAGCAAAGGACGAAAUCAAAGAAAGAGAUCAUGUUCUGAGAGACAGCAUUGCCGAUUGCUCUAGCCUUCUUGAACUCGCAAAUCGAUAUCGUCAUGAGGCCGACGAAGUGGGCAUGGCGCAUGCUAUCUUGGUACAUGCUUUGAGAGCGGCAAUGUUACUACAAUGGGUUAAACGAGAGCCGCAACUUGUGAGCGCAACUGGGCCCAAGCCUGAAAACCUCGGAAUCUCUGGAGGCCUUGCAAAUCUCUGUGCAGUGGCCGUCGCUACAGAUUUUGCAUCUCUAUACGCUGCUGUUCUGGAGGUAGCGAGGGUAUUUUUUAGACUAUGCAUCAUCACAUCGGUACGAUCAAGGGCUAUUGAGGACCGCCCUGGAAGCUGGGGAUGCGCUGUGAUUGGCAUCGCUCCAGAUGAACUUCGCAAAGUUCUUGAACAGUUUCAACAAAGCAUGGGAGUCCCGCCUAUCAAGAGAGCGAAGGUCGCUAUAACGGGCGACAGAUGGUGUACCGUUAUUGGCCCACCAACCGUCCUAGAGCUCAUCAUAAAGCAAUGUCCCGCUUUGAAAUCCCUUCCAAAAGACAAGUUGAAUAUCUUCGCCCUUCAGCACUGCGUUACAGUGUCCCAGGUGGACAUUGACUACAUCAUUGGGUGCUCGGCUUUGCUUGACAAACCCGUCCUUCCCAACUUCAGGCUUUGGGGAAUGGACGAUCCUAAAGCCACUUACGCCAGCUGGGGAAACCUGCUAAGAGCCAUGGCCCUCCAAGUUAUCUCGGUGCCACUAGAUAUCACAAAGGUCGUUGGCCAACUCAAUUCGUGGUUGGGUUCCCAACAUCUUGACGUGAAAGUCAUGGGCCCCAGCAGCCACACAGCCUAUCUAGCGAGCAUACUAAAAGCGGCUGGAAGCACCGCCUCUUUCCAAACAGAUGAAAGUUUGGAAGAAACAUGCAUGCCUAGCCCAGGCCGGAUUGCCAUUGUAGGCAUGGCGGGACGAGGCCCAAGCAGCGACAAUCUCGAAGAAUUCUGGAACAUCAUCAUGUCGAAAAAGGACCUUGCCGAGGAGAUUCCUAAAGACCGCUUCGACAUUGACGAGUUCUAUUGCGCCGAGCACAAAGAUACGUGCACUUCAACCACCAGAUUCGGCUGCUUCAUGAACAAGCCCGGAAACUUUGAUUCUCGGUUCUUCCGUGUAUCACCAAGAGAAGCGUUGUUGAUGGAUCCAUGUCAUCGGCAGUUCUUGAUGAGUACAUAUGAGGCUCUCGAGAUGGCCGGAUACUCGGACGGGCAAACCAGAGCGACGGACCCGAGAAAAAUUGCAGCCUUCUUCGGGCAAUCCACUGAUGACUGGCAUAUGGUAACUCACCACGAACUCGGUUGCGAUUCGUAUACAUUGCAGGGAAUUCAGCGUGCAUUUGGAGCUGGCCGUAUUGCCUACCAAUUUAAGUGGGAGGGCCCGACCUAUUCGCUUGAUUCCGCGUGCGCAUCAUCAGUUGCCGCUGUACACCUCGCUUCUAUGAGUUUACGUGCCAAGGAUAUCGACAUGGCUGUUGUCGGUGCGGCCAAUAUCAAUACAUGGCCCCACUCAUGGACUGGUCUUAGCAAGUCUGGAGUUUUAUCCGAUACGGGGAACUGCAAAACCUAUCGUGAUGAUGCGGACGGCUAUUGUCGAGCCGAUUUUGCUGGAACGGUUAUUCUAAAGCGUCUAGAGGAUGCGGUAGCGCAGAACGACAAUAUUCUAGCAGUAGUUGCUGGCUCUGGAAGAAACCACUCCGGCAAUUCCACCUCCAUCACAACUUCUGAUGCCGGUGCGCAGGAGCGGCUGUUCCAGAAGGUUCUGAACAGUUCUCGAAUCUCCCCGCAUGACAUUUCGUACGUCGAAAUGCAUGGAACUGGCACUCAGGUUGGUGAUCCAGCAGAGAUGGGGGCAAUUGCGAGCAUCUUCAAACACCGACAAGGACAUGGGCCUUUGACAGUUGGCGGCGUCAAGGCUAACGUUGGCCACAGUGAAGCGGCCGCCGGCAUGGCGUCGUUGCUGAAAUGCUUGUUGAUGUUUCAGAAAGAUGUAAUGCCGCCGCAAGCUGGAAUGCCCCACGCGCUAAAUCCCAAAUAUCCUUCUCUUUCCGAACUUGGCAUUGACAUCCCCUCGGAGCCCAAGGAAUUUAAACCUAUGGACCACAAACCGAGACGUAUUCUUCUCAAUAAUUUUGAUGCAGCGGGCGGAAAUGCUUGCAUGCUGCUCGAAGAUUACUCAGUCGUUGUCAAACAAGGUGUAGACCCUCGUAGCAGUCAUGUCAUCGUGACCUCCGGCAAAACCAAAGCGUCGUACCUUGCAAACAAGCGCAAUCUCCUCGAAUGGCUUCGAGCAAAUGAAAAUGCCAAUAUCCAAGACAUUGCAUACACGACUACCGCAAGAAGGAUGCACCAUCUCAUUCGAUUCGCUUGCACCGCUUCAACAACAAGAGAGCUGAUUGGCAAACUCGAACAAGACACAGUAGAUGCAGCUCUCUCACCCGUCUCAUCGAUCAUCUUUGUCUUCACCGGACAGGGAUCCCACUAUGCCGGCAUGGGAAGUGAGCUUUAUGCUACGUGUCGCCCAUUCCGCGAGACAAUCGACUUGUGUGCGAGUAUUUGCGAGGAGCACGGUUUCCCGCCUUUCCUCGACAUUAUCACCAACAAAGACACUGAUGUGUCAACGAAGGACACAUUACAAACUCAACUAGCCGUUGUCACACUUGAGGUUGGCCUCGCUUCCUUCUGGAGAUCGUGCGGAAUUCAACCAGCAAUGGCCAUAGGACACUCUCUGGGCGAGUAUGCUGCUCUGCAUGUUUGCGGCGUCCUCUCAUUAGCCGACAUGCUCUACCUCAUUGGCCAUCGCGCGCGACUGCUAUCAGAGAGAUGCGAAGCCAACGCUUGCGCUAUGCUGGCCACGAAAAUGUCUGCAGCGGCUGUUCACGAUAUUUUGGACACAAAACCACAUCUAUCCUGUGCAGUAGCCUGUCUAAACAGUCCCGAUGCCACGGUUGUUAGCGGAAGCGCUGAUGAUAUUGCCGAGUUCCAAAAAUCUUUGACAUCGCCUUCAAAACUUCUCUCAGUCCCGUACGGCUUUCACUCUUUCCAGAUGGACCCGAUGGUAGACGACUAUAUUGCCCUAGCAGGAGGCGUUACAUAUUCCACACCGAAAAUCCCCGUGGCAUCAACCCUGCUUGGCUCCGUUGUGGAGGCACCUGGUAUCUUUAAUGGACAUUACCUAGGUCGCCAGACUCGGCACCCGGUAAAUUUUGUAGGUGCGCUCAAUGCUGUCAGAGACAAGCUUGGCGACCCUAUCUGGCUCGAAAUUGGACCGAGUCCAGUCUGUAGCUCCUUUGUUCGGGCCACUCUCUCUCCGUCUUCCAGCAAAAUAAUGUCCAGCUUGGAGUCCAACACCAAUGCUUGGACGACUAUUUCAAAGUGCCUCGCUGGCGCUUAUACCAACGGUGUUUCCAUUGACUGGCUUGCGCUACAUGCCCCAUUCACGGAUGCAUUGACACUGUUGACACUGCCGUCAUAUGCUUGGGAUUUGAAGGACUUUUGGCUCACCUACACCGAAAAAGACAAAGCUCUUAAUUCGGUUUCUACUCUCGCUCCAGCAAGAGAGAUAUCGACUUGCGCGCAACAUGUUGUUCAAGAAUCAACAACGCCAAAGCUCUCGGUAACGCUGCGAGCUUCGAUUGCUAAUCCCGGUUUCAAGGCUCUCGUCGAUGGCCAUCGGCUCCGAGGAGUGUCCGUGGUUCCAGGAAGUGUAUUUUGCGAAGCAGCCGCUGCUGCUGCUAAAUACACUCUCCAUUACAGCAAAAGGCAAGACGCUGAGAGCAUAAGGUUCACUGUCAAGGAUGUAUCCCUCAAGCGGCCACUGACGAGGAGCCUCGUGGGCUCUGAAGGGGAGUUGCUUACAACAGUCCUCACCGACACCUCAUCCAGCAAUAGGCUUCAUGUUUCAUGGAAAGCUUCCUCGCAGCGCUCUUCGUACGAUCUCGGCAGUUGCUUGGUGACUGUCACUGAUGCAAACGACCUACAGUCUAACUGGGACCGGAUCUCCUACUUCAUCAAGGGUAGGAUGAACGAGUUGAUCAGGAUUGCCAAAGAUGGAAACGGACACAGAAUGCUACCUGGGAUUCUCUACUCACUCUUUGCCAACACAGUCGAGUACGACCCCGCUUUCAAAUGUAUCAAAGAAGCGUUCAUAUCAAGCGACUUCGCGGAAGCCGCUGCAGAGAUUGUUCUUUGCAAUAAUCCUCAUGGGACCCAGUUUGUAUCAUCACCUUACUGGGGCGAGAGCCUUGUGCAUCUAGCAGGCUUCCUCGUGAAUGGAAACACCGACCGCCUUGGGGCGAAAACGACUUUUAUGAUGGAUAGCUUUGACAGCCUCGAGCAGACCGUCGACAUGGAACCAGGAAAGCCGUACUACACGUAUGUUCGCAUUUCGCAAAGAGACAAGACCACAACAUGUUGCGACGUAUACGUCUUCGACACAGAAAAGCUUGUCAUGCAAUGUUCCGCUCUCCGCUUUCAUGAAGUUAGCAACGCCAUCUUAGACCAACUCCUCGGGAAAUCAGCAACCAGUUCCCAGGUGCAAGGAAAAGAUACAAUAAAGCCAACGCCUAGCCCCGAGCCCAUUGGACUAGGACCUAGCCCACAGAGUCGUUCAAAUUUCCAGAAGGAUGCACCGAAAGUAGCAGAGACUGCGGCGUCGACAGGAGAAGAGAACACUACUUCAAACAACGAAGUUCUUGAAGCCAUUCUUGACAGCAUCUCAAAGGGAACUGGCACAGAAAUUGCUGACCUUACUGAUGAUACAGUAUUGGUUGACUUAGGCAUUGACUCUAUUAUGGGCAUUGAAAUCACGACCAAUGUAAACAACAGCACCGGCACGGAUAUGCUUCCUUCUUUUCUCUUGGACUACCACACGAUUGGCAAUUUGCGAAAUGCGUUUGCAAAAUCCCAAACUUCCACCCCGCACUCCGAACCCAGCUCCGACUUUUCCAUGAUUGAAAGCACUCCAAGAUCCACGGACGGUGCAAGCACACCAUUUAUCAAUGGUACAGCAGCAAUUUCCGAUGACACGUCGAAGAAGAAUGCAUCAUCUUCGGAAGUUGAGGAGGACACUGUAAUGGUUUCCUCACCAGCCGAGGAUGAUUCUCCAGCCCCGAGUACUAGACCCAUACUUUUACAUGGGCGCCCGUCAAGCGGAAAGAGACCAUUCUACCUCAUUGCCGAUGGCACUGGCAGUAUCGCCACGUACAUACACCUGGCCCCAUUGAGCUCGAACAUCCCCGUCUAUGGUAUUGAUUCGCCUUUCCUCCGCUGCCCAAGCAGGCUGACCACUGAAGUGGGCUUUCCGGGCGUUGCGAAAAUCAUAGUUGAAGCAUUGAUAAAGUUUCAACCGGAGGGACCUUUCUCGAUUGGUGGAUUUUCUGGUGGAGCAAUGAUCUCGUAUGAGGUUUGCCGUCAGCUUGCAGCCGCUGGACGCACAGUGGAGAGCCUUUUGCUUAUCGACAUGUGCAGUCCUCGUCCUGUUGGCCUCCAGAAAAGUACUCUAUAUGGCUGGAGGGUCUACGAGAGUAUCGCCAACGUGGAUGGUCGCUGGAACGUAUCCAACUCAACACAGCAACAUAUGCGCGGAAUCUUCGCCUGCGUAGCCUCAUACCACCCACCACCUAUGAAACCCCAAGAGCGACCACUUCGCACUGCCAUUAUCUGGGCCAAGAAAGGCUCAAUUCACCGGUGCUCUGGCGACCACGAACUGAGGAAGAUGCUGGCUGAAGCGGAUAUUCCCACAGAACCGUUUCCUGGAUUCAUGGAAGACCCAAGGAUGGGCGAGGUGGGUUGGAGUUUGCCUGACAAAACCCCUGCAGACCUAGGUCCCAAUGGCUGGGAUCGGUAUGUUGGGGAGGCCAAAUGCGUGUCUGUUGAUGCAGAUCAUCUUGAAAUGCCGAUGCCGGGGCAUGUGCACUUGCUACAUGGCGCAAUGGAAGAGAUGCUUCCCUAUCUACGACCUGAGUCUUGAGGCAGUAGCGCUCCUAGACACGAGGUAUUUGUUUCUCGCAAGGCAUGUGGAAUCUGCGAGUGAUUCUGAUAUGCAAUUGGUAGAUAGUGGUAACAGGUGGUGGCCCACAAGAAAGUGAAUAUUUAGUAAUAUUUCCAAGAAUUGUUACGAUAGAACGACUUUCGGUCCUGGGAAGAUCCUCUGUGACUACAUCUAAACAGUAUAAAAAUAUAGCGCUAC